UAAAGGGUAUUCAGCCUCAAAACCUAAUGGAAAAUAUCAGAGAUCCUCUGUUAAACCAAGAUAGAGACAGAAUAAUUUUACCAAUAGAGUCAGACAUUAACCCCAAUAGGGAAGAAGAUAUUGAUGAAGAAUCCUCAGACGAGUAUGAAAGCGAAGAAGAGGAAGAGGAACUCGAACAAGAGCCCUCUGUUCAAAGAGAGCCCUUUUACGAAACCCUUGGACGACCGGAGUAUUACCAUAUUUGGGCAAUCCUUGGCUGAGCUUCUGAAGCUUUGCUAAACAUUGUCUUCCUAUUCCUUAGCAUUUACUCUGUUUCCAACCUCGAACUGAAGAGCAACUGUGAUGUGCGAGUCCAAAAUAUUCUGACUACAUGAGGAAUGUUCAUUCUUUUUGUACGAUUAAACUCAGUGUGCCAUAUAAUGAAUUUCCUAUGGCAGUUUAAUAUGUCUGGAGCCUACACCCCAAUCGCUCUUUUCUUCACAGAGGUCGUAACUUCAAUUGCAUUGUUUAUCUUGAAAUUUUAUUGGGCAAAGCGAGAAAGAUCUUGCCACCAAGGUGUAGGGUAUUAUCUGGUUUUGAUUUAUAAUUCUCUGUUCUACUUCUUUGUCACAAGGCUCGCCUUCUUCCUAUGAAUUCCAUGUUUUUAUGUAAUCGUGCUUUGAAUUCAGUACAUUUACAACAAGAGGCAACAGAGAAGGCGGACUAGAAAAUUUAGAAGGCUUCCAACGUACAAGUUUAAAGACUAUCAGGAAAAAUUUGGAGAGGUAUCUCAUAAAGAAUGCUGGAUCUGCCUUGAAGAAUACCAACCAGAUUCAGAGAUCUACGAGUUUCCUUGAGUAAGCCAUCAUUUGUAUCACAAAGAGUGUAUCAGUCAAUGGUAUCAAAAGAGUGACCGGUGUCCAGUCGAUAGGAGUAGGUAUGAGGGUAGUCAUCAGGAUACUUAAAUUCACUCACCAACAAUAUCAAUUAA